AUGAGCCAUCCACAAGCGAAAGAAAUAGCUCCUUCUUCAGCUCUAGUAGCUACGCUCAAUCAGCCGGGACUGCCAAAUGAAGUGCUGGCUCCUUCUGACACCUAUGCUAUCCCGCAAAAGACAUGGAAGUCAUACAUUUGGUCCACACUGGACGCUCCCAAGGACGAAGCUCGAUUUCUGACCAAGUUAGAUGUCACUCUUAUCAGUUCAGCCGCUUUAGGUGUUAUGAUUCGUUAUCUUGAUCAGGUCAACAUUACAAAUGCUUUCAACAGCGGUAUGAAGGAAGACCUCGGAUUAUACGGAAACGAGCUGAAUUUCGCAAACGCACUUUGGAGUGCUGCUUAUGUAUUUGGUCAAAUCCCUUCCAACUUAUUACUCACCCGAGUCAACGCAGCUAGAUACAUUGCUUUCUUGGAAUUCGCAUGGACAGCUUUCACUUUCGGUACAAGUGCCGUAAAAACAACCAACCAGCUCUACGCAGUACGAUUCUUCGUCGGCCUCUUUGAGGCUGGUCAUUUCCCUGCAGUCAUGUAUGUUUGCUCGAGUUACUACAAACCUCACGAACUAGCCAGAAGGAAUUCCCUCAUUCAAAUCUUCGUUUCCGUCGGACCUCUCUUUUCGGGGUUCUUGAUGGCUGCCGUGUAUGAAGGUCUGGACGGGGUUCGAGGAUGGCCCGGAUGGAGGUGGAUGUACAUUAUCUGUGGAGCCAUCUCUCUUCCUUGCGCCCUUUGGACUUUCUUUGCUAUGCCUCAGCUUCCUGGUAGAGCCAAACCUAACUGGGUUUUCACUCAGGAAGACAUCGACCUUGCGCGAGCACGAAUGCCGACCGAGAAGAAACUCUUCACUGGGUUAUUCAAGUGGAAGGACAUCAAGCGUUGGCACAAUUCAUGGCAUGUAUACCUAUUCCCUGCAUACUUUCUUUUCGCCGGUCAGAUUGGACAAGCAGGUGGCUCUAUGAUUUUCUGGGUGAAAAGCUAUAAUGUAAAAGGAAAGACCCCAGUAUUCUCCGUAGCCGAAAUCAAUAUCAUACCCUUGGGUAUCAACAUCAUCACUAUUGUUGGAGCCCUUACUUCUUCUUGGAUUUCCGAUUCUUUACCUGGUUCUGCUCGUUGGCCAUCUAUGGUGUUCGCUGCUCUUGUCGGCGUUAUCAUACCUGCGGCUUUGGGGUCCACCCCCGUUCAUCCACCAAACAGAGGCACUCGAUGGGCUCUUUUCUCCGGUACCGCUGCUGGCGUGACAUGGACCUUUGUUAACGAAACCAGUCGACAUGAUCCGGAGAAGCGAGCUUACGUUAGCGCAAUGAUGAACGCUUUCGCUUACAUAUUCACCGCUUGGGUUCCCAUUCUUACCUUUCCCACAAGUAAGCAGCCGUACGUCAACUCGGGUAUGCUUGCCACUACUGGCUUCGCUGCUGCUGCUCUCGUCACAGCGUUAGCGAUUGGCUACCUUGACAACCGGGAUAAAAAGCGAGCGAGACUUCUUGGUAAUCAUGAAGACGAAAAACGGAUCCGCGAAUCAGAUUCUACACCUGAAACUCCGCUUGAUGAGAAAGUAGUGAUUUGA